ACUUUAUUAUAUUGGAAAUCAUAAACCACACCCAAAAAAACUAUAAAAAGGAUAGAAUUACAGUUCAUUCUUUUUGGAGAACACCAUUUCAUAUUCCAUAGCUAAACUAUCCUUGGAUUUAAUCACCUAGUAGCAAUGCCUGCCGAUUACAAUGGGACGUGGGAAAUGGUAUUAAAUGAAAACUUUGAAGGUUAUAUGGUUGCUUUAGACAUCGAUUUUGCUACCCGUAAGAUUGCAAACCAUCUAAAACAAACAAAAGAAAUUAUUCAAGAUGGAGACAAUUUCAAGACAAAGACACUGAGCACUUUCAGAAACUAUGAAUUGAAUUAUACCAUAGGAGUGGAAUUUGAAGAGCACACCAAGGGGCUUGACAGUCGAGUUGUGAAGACAACAGUGACCUGGGAUGGUGACAAACUUGUCUGUGUCCAGAAAGGUGAAAAAAACAAUAGAGGCUGGAAACAUUGGAUUGAAGGAGACAAACUGCAUCUAGAAUUGACUUGUGGAGACCAGGUGUGCCAUCAAGUCUUCAAGAAGAAAAAAUAGACUGAUGAAGCUGAUAUAGCUGCCACAUUUAUGUUGAUGAUUUUUUCUCUUUUAAGAUAACUAUAGAAAUAAAAGUUUGAUUUUCAUUAGUGAUCCAUUGUUCUGUUUGAUUAGCAAAUAAUGUCUAAAAAUAAUGCCACGCACCUGCACACUUUAGAAAGGAUCUUUGCCUUCCAAAUAGGAAUUAAGCAAAAGUUUUGUUCUAUUUCCCCAAUCUUAGCAGGUCUGUUUUCUAGUAACAGAUAUAUCCUGGUGCAAUGACGCAAGACUUUUUAAAAAAGUUUGGGCUGACACUAGUAUCUCUGUAUAUUUUUUUGCCUUCUUAAUACAUUUGGGUGGUAUAAAUACAUUUGACUUGAAUAAAUUAAAAAAAAAAAGAUAUCACUGAUUGGGUACAUAAUGUACUGAGCAGGGGUGGGUUCUGGCAGUCAUUACUGCCGGUUUGCUCAUAGGCCACUGCAAGCACUCUUGAUGCGAGCUACAUGCGCAUGCACAGUGCAAUAAAAAUUGUUCCAUGCAUGUGCAAAAGCAAAAAGCAAGA